AAUCAAAAAAAGACACAGAUUUGUCGCUAAAACGUUUGUUACAGUCAUUUAGCGAGACAAGAAAUAGUCAAUUUAUGAAACGAUAAUCACUUUUCAUUUUGUAUAAACUGCUUUUGUGAACAAUGUAAACAUGCGCUUACAAGUCGGUAACUGAGCACAGAUAUUGAUUUAACCGACGCGUUUUGACAUCAGAUAUCACUUGUUGAAAAAUGUGACAUAGUUUUCUUAAUAUUUUUUAAUUAAAUAACGUUGAAAUUAAGAGAGUUACCAUUUUAAUUACUAAAAGAUAUCUUUACAAUUUUCUCUACAAUGGUUUUACUGAAACCCUCAUUUCUUGUGCAAAUUGCACGGAAGUUUGAUCAAUGCGUGAAAAGUGAGGUUAUCUUUCGACAAUGUUCAAGCGGUAUUUCACCAGUUAAUAAACAAAUAAAUAAACAAAGUGAGACGUUAAAUACUCUAAAUGAGAAUGAAGAAAAUUCACGAUUAAAUCUUAUUUCAAAUGUAACUGUCACUCAUGUGCCUUUAACAACAAAAAUUAAAGACAGUUUGAAUGAACCAGCAGAAACAAGUUCCUUAUUUGAAAUUACAAGAGAUAACUUUUACAAUGAUAAUUAUUUACAUGGUUUUAAACCAAAAAUGCCAAAAGCUUUAGAUUUAAAUACAGAAGAUUUGUCACAUCUUGGCAGUCAAGCAAAAGUUAGUUAUAAUAUUGCAAGUUUUGCUGAUAAAUCAAAAACCGUUCAAGAGUUAACAAAACUUGGAGUUGAAUUAUGGAAAUUCGAUAAGGAUCUAGACAUUGUGAAAAUGAUUGUCAGUCUUAAUUUUGACAAAGAUGUUAGACCUUAUAUUCAAUUUUUACACAACACCGGAUUACCAGUUGAUCAACUUGGUGAUUUUAUAACGAUAUUUCCAAAAAUUUUCACUGAAGAUUUAGAUGAUCUUCAUACUCGAAUACGUUAUUUAAGAGCACACAAUUAUACGCCGAAAAUGAUUGUCACGAUAUUAUCAAAAUAUCCAUUAUGGCUUUCUCUCACAACUCAAGAGAUUGAUACAAAACUUGGUUAUUUUCAAAAUGAAUUUAAAUUAAAGGCACAAGAAGUUCGAAUGCUCACAUUAAAAAUGCCAAAGCUUGUUAAUUAUGAUAAGAUGACACUCGAAAAGAAAAGUUUUGCAUUUAUGAAAGAAAUGGGCUUUGAUCGAAUUCAAACCAAAUUAAUAUUGUUGACUAGUCCUCGUUUAUGGACAAGGUGCAGGAGAAAUUUGUUAUCCACUUUUGAUUAUGCACACAACACUAUGCGUUUGAGUCAUGAAAUUAUCUCCCAACAGCCAAAUAUACUCAGUUGUCGAAAAAGUAGACUUGAAAGUCGACACACAUUUUUGGUACAUAUUAAAAAAGCACAAUACGAUCCUUUGAAACCAUUGUACGUUUCGCUAAAAGAUUUGGUGUCAGGAACAGAUUCCGAAUUUUGUGAAAAUAUUGCAAAAACCACCAUCCUAACGUAUAAUGAUUUUCUCAAAACUUUAUAAAUACUACCAAAGUAGCGUAAAAUGAAUUUCUGAAAAUAUGAAAUAAUAAAUUUAUAGUGUAAGUAUAAUAUGUAUAUAAUUAGAAUAUUUUUUGUUGAAUAUAUUAUUAUAGAACAU